UUGUUUACCUUCACCCGAAUAAAGGAAAUUAUUGCAAUAUUGAAUUAAAGUUAUGAUAAAAAACAAAAAGACACAAUAAAAUCGUGUGAUAUACAAGCAAAAUAAUUAAAAAAACAAACGCAACAAAGUACUACGGACAAAGUUAUUUAAAAUAAUUAUAUCUACAAAUUGAACAUUUUACAGCGAAGUGGCAAUCAUGAUGCAAUAAUACAAAACACAAAUAACAUCCAAGAACAAUAACACAACGGACGGGGAGCUUACUCUGGGAUUAUUCACCAAAAAAUAUUUAUAAUAACUAGUAUAUAUCCGUGAUAUUAUAUAAAUAUACAAAUUUUACAAAAUGCCUGUGGAUGGUAGAGAACUAAUUGAGGCUAUUUCAAUAUUGGCCGAUGAACAUAAUGUGCGUGUUACAGUUAAACAAUCUGGAAAGGGAGCCAUAAUUUGCGCAGCUUGCUGCUUUGCUGGUGGAGUUCUAUUGGGACCAGCAGGCCUAGCGAUAGGUGGAGCUGCUGGUGGUAUUACGGCCUAUAAAAUGACCAAAGGCACAUUCCGUCCUUUGGGUGAUGUGAUAAUUAACGAUCUGAAUGACACACAAAAGGAACAAUUGGUACAACAUGUGACGAAUGCCGUCAAAGAUAUUCAUCCCACCGAUUUGGCCUUGCUGCUGCCACUGAUAAUGAAUAAUCAAUCUAUUCAAACUGCCGUCUUAAAGACAGUUGUUAGUUUUGUAUCGAGUGAAUUACGUUUGCAAAUCAUUGACUGAUCCGAUGCUAUAUAAGAGAUAGAAGAGGGGCGGUCAGUAAUUGUUAAUGUAGUAUAUAUCUCGUUUAUCGUUUUAUACCUCCUUUUUUUGUUUUUCUAAUAAUAAGUAACUUAUAAAUUGUGAAA